AAAUGUUGGAUGCACAUGAACACUGAAAAAUGUGCAACAUGUUCCCGAUAUGCGUAUGAAUCUGUUGUCUGCAAAAGCACUGGAUGAAGAAGGAUACACACACUACUUUGGGAAUGGUAGCUGGAAACUCACUAAAGGAUCAUUGGUGGUGGCAAAAGGAAGAGCAUGUUGCUCAUUAUACAAGACACACAUGAAAAUGUGUGGAGCUCAACUGAACACAGUUGAAGAUGAGGCUUCUCCAAAUUUAUGGCAUAAAAGAUUAGCUCACAUGAGUGAGAAAGGAUUGCAACUUUUGGCUAAGCAGUCCCUUGUUCCCAUUGCCAAAGGUGGACAUGUGAAUCCUUGUGAUGUUUGCCUAUUUGGAAAGCAACACCAAGUUUCUUUUCAGAAGAAUUUGACUCGGAAGGAGAACAAGCUAGACUUGUUUGAAAAGGGUGAAAAUUUCUUGAUGUUUGUGAGGGAUAUGAAUCAUAGGUCAACAAUAUUAAUGGCACAACCUGCUUCAAUUCAAGAUAUGCAAAGUCAAGCAUCCGAAUACCCAGAUCAAGAAGCUUUUUCUAGGCUUGACUUUGGUGCUGCCCUGAAGAUUUUGCUGGCAAUGAGUCUCACUUCCUCUGAGUAAGCAUUGUUACUUUUAAGACAUGAUAACUAUUGUCUCCUUUAUGAUAUCUGCAUCAUCAAUUGUUAUUUUGGUUUAUGAUCUCUAUGCUUGUUGGUUGGUUGUGUGUCAUAAAUGUAUAAAACCUAAACUAGACUGGCUUAAUAGUUCAGUGGGUUUUUACAACAAGGAUAUACUUGCUUAUGCCCUCCAUUUGCUUUAUAAGAAACUUGAAAGAUCUUG